AUGGCAGACGCCUAUGGCUCCGUCACAGAGAAAGCACAGACAGACGUGCCUCUGCCCCUGAACAGUAACGUCACUGCAAGCGAUUUCGGUACCUCGACUGCUACGGUGCAGUUGGUGACUGAUGAGUUCAUCUCGCCGGCCCACAGUGAUAGAUUAGACGACUUUUUCGUGUCUUGUCUGUUUCCCGAUUCAGAAGUCUUCCAAGGCACAGGCGAAGACGCAAACUGGUCCUAUAAUUGGCAAAUGCUAGAGCAGUCGGACCCAUUUAGCGUUCCUCCGACCGUUAGCCCUUUCAAUGGCUUGGUAGACUCGUUAACCGGAUUCACACUCUCCCUUCCACAGGGACACCCCGAAAGCGCCCCGAACGAUCGACUAGCAAAAGCAGCGACCCUGUUUUCGAGAGACAAUGUUGAACGAUUUGUCGGUCAUUACUUUCGAGACUACUGCCCACAUAGCCCGAUUCUCCAUCCCGGGACUUUCCAAGUGGGUGCAGCAUCCCCCUUCUUACUCACAGUGCUGGUACUCACAGGGGCUUUAUUUUGUUCUUCGCCGAAUGAUAUGGAGCUAGCAAGGGCCAUUCUUAGCCUGGUAGUGGAAUAUGCUUUCAGCAACCCGAUUUUCAGAAAGCUGCUCCUUGGGCCUGAUGCAUUACGGGGACUGGAGGACCGCGAAUCCCUGCAAGCACUCGAAGCUGCUUUCUUCAUCACGCAAGUGCAGCUCCGAGAAGGGUCUCCGUCCAAACGGAGAGAAGCGCGAAGCUCUCGCUUUGAAGAGAUAAUAUCUGCCGUUCGAAGCCUAGGGCUACUAGAGACUCGAAACUCGUUCUUCAAUGCUGAGCCACCAGCGCCAGAAAAGUUUCAAUGGGCUCAAUUUGCCGCGUGCGAAUCCAAAAUUCGUCUUGCAUGUGGUGUUUUCAAUCUUGAUGCCAGCUUUACCGUUCUAUACAAUAUGACUCCACGAUUAUUUGCGGAAGAGAUGAGUAUCGGCAUGCCUGGUUCUGCUGAGGCUUUCUUUUCCGAUAAUGCUCAGGAUUGCUAUCGGCUUUCACUGAAGGAGGAUGGGAUUCAAAAAUUGUCUCUUUCGCAGGUAUGCGACGCUUUUCUGCAGGACCACUGGGAUGAAGAGAUGCGCUGUUCGAUGCAAAAAUUGUCGCUUCUGCAUCUUUGCAGCCUAAUUCUGGCGUUGACGCAGAUUUUAUGGCUUUCGCCAUACAGGCCCAGAAAGUGGCAAACAAUGAAACGAAUGAAAAAGGCGUUGAAGAGAUGGAAAGCAGCCUGGGAUUUUCAGAACGCGACACUGACUGCUCGACAACGCGACCGUUACGGGUUCCUGAAGACUAUCCCCCUUGAGUUUUGGCAGAUCACAACUGUCUUGGUGGAGAAAGACAGUACCAGUUUGGACACAGCUAUCACUCAAAGCGCCAUUGCUGCUCUGAACAACAACCAGUGUGCGCAAACUAUGCUCGAAAGCGUCGAAAAGCAACAGAGUUGA